CAAACGUUUGUAUCUUCCACCCUCAUUCCUAAAUGAAUUAUCAUCCAAUGAGGCGAGCGGGGGAGGGAGGUAUUAAGCUUCAGAUGGCCAGCCCACACAUACAUGAAGAAAGAAUACUCGGGAAACCUAGGAACAUAGAUUUUUGUUGGCUUAGAGGCUGGAUUCAGCUGCCCGAUGACUUCACAGCUGUUCCCGCAGCCCUAAAAGUGUCUGUCCCUUCGGCCCCAUCCCCUCAGCUGGGUCUGCAACGCUGACUCGGGGAUUUUCUUGUGAAAAUGCCUGCUGGGCGGGGGAAGAUUUGGAGUCUGGCUGGGGAAAAAAUGAGUAAUGCAAAGCAGUGCGCUCAGUAAAGGCUGCAAGAGAAAUAAAAAGAUCUCUGUCCCGUCACUUUACUGACAGAGUGCUGUGACAGGCUGCCUUCUCAGAAGUCCAAGAAGAAGCUCAGAGGCUGCUGUUCCUUCCCUCUCAAGUCCAGGGGUCUCCCUGGUAAUGGAUUGCUUCUCUCUGAGUUUUUGCCCUGGUGAGACCACCCAGAUCUAAUCUGUGAGCUCAGCUAGGAGACGCCGCUGUAACAAUGACAGACGAGCCCGUAAAGGAGAUCCUGGGAACCCCGAAGUCUCCCAAGCCGGUGGCAAUGGAAAAGAAUGCCAACGGAGAAGUGGUGGUUACCAUGGUACCCCUGGUCAGUGAGAUUCAGCUGGCGGCCGCCACCGGGGGCGCCGAGCUCUCCUGCUACCGCUGCGUCAUCCCCUUCGCCGUGGUGGUCCUCAUCACCGGGACCGUGGUCACUGCCGUGGCGUACAGCUUCAACUCCCACGGCUCCAUCAUCUCCAUCUUGGGCCUGGUCCUUCUGUCCCUGGGACUUUUUCUGUUAGCGUCUAGCGCUCUGUGCUGGAAGGUGAGGCAGAGGAGCAAGAAAGCCAAGAGGCGGGAGAGCCAGACAACUCUGGUGGCGAAUCAGAGGGGCUGGUUUGCUUAGGACCGAAUGAGACCAGCGAGGACGUGUGACCUGAAGGACCUGCUUUCACUUCGUCAGCCAGGGCGCCCAGGACCGCAGUGGGGAGGAUGCGCUUGGCAGGGACCGGAGGCGCGGGAUGGCCUCACGGCGGAGGGCGCACGGGGCUCUCUUCUGGGAGCAAUGACUUCUUUCUUCUUCUACGACAAACUUAACUCCAAGGGCUAUUCUAAGACUGAAAAUCAGUGUUUCCUCUGUAUUAAAUAUUUUAGGAGUCAUGGGAGGUUCGUGGCAUUAGACAUUUUGUUGGAAAAUAGGCCAGAAAAGAUGAGUUCUGGCACACCAGUGACCUGCCUCCAAAGGAGAUAACCCACACUAUUAGGACAUUAUAUCCCAAGACUGUUCUGCUGAGAUUCUGAACUGCUUUGGACUUUGCAUUCACCCAUGAAAUUCUAUAUAUUUCUUUUUCCCAAAAAGUUGAUUCUCUGGUAUCUGUUUAGUUUUCAUUUUCAGUAAAGCAUCACUGGUGGUACUUUUCUUGAGGAAUAAACUAAUUUUUUUUUUUAUGUUUUAACAUUGAACAGUUCUUACAUGAUUGUAAUGAUGUGUCAGAUCAUUAAAAAAGGUAAAACGUGUAGCUACUAGAUCAUAUGGGGGGAUAAAUUAAUAUUAAAAUAAUCCUAUACAGCACUUUUGAUGAUUUUUAUAUUUCAUGUAAAAUUUUAAGUUUCAUGUACAGUUCAUUCAAAAUAAUAAAUACUCAUUGCUGCUGA